CUUAUUAUUACAGCGCUCACCUACAUGCGGGCUCGUUAUUGGUGGAGCCAUAUCUGUGUCCUAUUGGCUCUUCCACCCACACCGUAAUCAGAAGCGCGAGAUGGACAGAAGUUGAGAUUACAUUUUAUGAGCGUCCUCAACAAACGUUAGUUUUAUUUUUAAUUAAUCAGCUUUACAGUCCGUGCUUUGUUUGUAGUUUGAGAGACAUGUUUGUGUGUCGAGGAGCGAGGCUGUCGGCGAAGGCUUUGGAGCAGGGUUUCAACUCCACGACAGGGGCACAAUUUAAAACGAACAGACUAACGGUAGUUGACGUUACCUGCACUUUGCCAUUACGUAACAUCCAUGCAUUCAAAUGCUCCCGAGCUUUUUGUGGAUAUUUUGUGGCACUUUCGCCUGAUGGAAAGCGAGAAAAAAGGGAGAAGGAUAUGUUUUCCGUGAAGAACCGGGACUCUGUUCGUUUCAUAAUCACGCAUCAGCAACAAUUAACUCGAGUAAAUUCGUUUUCUUUAAAUCUCUCCAACAAAAGUAAUGGUAAAAGCUUAUUCAACCGUACACAUAAUGUCACUAGCUCAACUCUUUAUCGGACGAAUGGAGGCCAAAGCUGGCAGAAGAAACAAUACGUAGAUGCACUUGAAUCUGUGUUUACGUCUGGCGCCAAUGUCUGCAAUCAUCGAUUAUAUCCCACAAUGACUGUGCAAAUGAGACCUUUUUCCUCUGUUGCUGUUGCUCCCAAACUGGUGGAGGACUCGCCCGCAGAUCACGAAGUGAUGAACGUGGUGUCUUCAGGCAUUUGGAAAUUGCUCCCAAGGAUGAACCAAACUUCUGGAGGUCUACAAUUUCCCAUGAUGUCAAGCAAAGAGGCUCUGAGUUUGAAGAUAGGCCUUGAAAUACAUCCACAGGACCAGACUCCAAAGCAGGCCUCAUCCAAAGGCCCUGAGGAACCCGAGGUACCGGAGGACAAUCCUAGCAAGACCCAGCAGCUGAAGAAGAUCUUUAAGGAGUACGGAGCUGUAGGAGUCUCCUUCCACAUAUGUAUGUCCCUCAUGUCUCUGGGCAUGUUCUACCUCGCUGUGUCCAGUGGGAUCGACAUGGCUGCUAUCCUGUACAAGAUAGGAUUCAGUGAAUCUCUGGUUCAGUCCAAGUUGGCGGCGGGUACCAGUACGUUUGUCCUGGCGUACGCCAUCCACAAGCUGUUUGCUCCGCUCCGUAUCAGCAUCACUGUGAUAUCAGUGCCUCUUCUUGUACGAUACCUCAGAAAGAGUGGCCUCUUCAAGACACCCAACUCACCUACACACUGAGUGGCUGAGACCCCAACCUCCACUAACUUCGAUAACUGAGACUUUCCAAAUAUGACCAUUACCAUUUCUGGAAUCAAGAGGGAAUAAGUGUGACAAAUUCUUCCAACCAUCCCUAGUUUUUCAACUGGAAUUUCUGCAGGAGAUAAAAACAGAUCCAACCGAGGCUGACUUUUAACCCACCUGUAGAUCAGUGGCGGUCUGUGCCGUUUAAGAUGAGCGAGGAUGAUUUUAAAAAUGUAUUUCUUAUGAGCAUGGCCUUAUUUCUAUUGCAGCAUUUUGGAUGACUGUCAUUCAUAUUUCAUUCACCCAGUUCAAUAUAACAGUGAUGGGUUAAGGCUACUACAAUAAGGCUACUUACUACAAUCCAUCAUGAGAUUACUACAACCUAUCUUAUGAGAAGUUUACAUUGUGAACUUUCAUCAAGAUCAUUUUUAGUAAUCAAGGUGAGACUGUAACACAUUCAAUACUGCCGUGAACUCUCGUGCCUGCAUCUAGCUGAUCUAGGUUGUAAUCAUUAGUCAAACAGUUGCAAACGAGAGUUUCUAUUCGACAAAUUCAGGUAUGUUUAUCCCCAUUCCAUUUAAGAAAUGUUUUUCAACAGAAUCGGUGGAAUGAAUACACCCCUGAUCAAACGCUAACACAAUUCACUUUCAUAGCAGCCAUAUAAAAACGGCAAGAUCACUUUGCUCAUUGUAUACUAUGAAUUCGGAAAGUUUUCACACCCCUUGACCUUUUCCUCAUUUUGUUACGUUACAGCCUUCUAAAAUGGACAAAUUGUUUUUUGCCUCAUCAAUCUACACACACUAUGCCAUAAUGACAAAGCAAAAGCAGGUUUUUAGAUUUUUUUGCAAAUGUAUUAAAAAUAAAAAACUGAUCACAUUUA